CCGACAUCAUCAGUAUCUUUUGUGCUCUAAAGAGGAGGUUGAGGUUGCGAUCUCUCGCGUUUUCUUCGGGAUGUCGACCAUGCGCGCACGAAAGCUGAAGAAACCGAGCGAGCCACCAUCGCCGCCUGAGGGCGGGUCCCUGUCCCGGUCAUCGACGCCGCCGCCGCCACGCGACCGUGCGACCGUCAUGCCAGUGACGGUGGAACAUCCCAAGAUGAACCCGGCCAUGUGGGCCGCCCUCAAGAAGCACAUCAUGCGGCAGCGCGAAAAGCAAAAGCAGGAACAGGAAGCCGAUGCUGCCACUGAGCGAGGACGAAGUGAACGGGAAUCGAAGCGUCCCCAGGACGAGAUGACGCUAGAGCAGGUCCGCGACGAGCUGCAGCAGUCGGAGAAGAAGCUCGCCACGCUCAAGGAGGAGAAGCACAAACUCUUCGUGCAGCUCAAGAAGGUGCUGCAAGAAGACGACGCCCGGAAACGGGGUCUUGAGAAGAAGGCCGACAAGAUGGCUGCGCUCGACCGACACUACCAUCAGCAGCAGCCCCAGAACAUCCAGGAAAGGAACGGGGCACACUCUACGUACGAGUUGCCGCAACCAAUUCCUCAGAACCCUGGCGUCAUGCAUCGGGCACCACUCAAGAUGCGGCUGAACCCGUAUCCUCCACCUCCGUGGCUGCAAGCCGCGACAUCGUCCUCUUCCCAGCAAGCGACGCCGCCUCAGCCGGGCUUCUGGCCACAGCAGCCCUACGCGUACACGGCUCAGCUUCCCGGCUCGACGGCCUACGGGGCUCCGUUGCUGAUGCCGGCGUACGCACCGGGCUACGGCCCCUUCUACUCUGCGGGAACUGAAGGCCGUGGUGGUGUGAAUCGGUAGUAGCUACGACGUCGGCCUAGGGUGAAAUCGAAGCUAUAGGCGCUAUUUCCCUGAGACAGUUUCGGUUUCAGCGAAUCUGUGAAGGUGAAAUAGUUGUCCGUGUAGCUUCCACAAUAAACCAUUUAU